CAGGCUCAGAAGAAUAGAAGUUUCCUGAACCACGUCUCCAAUGUCCAAGUCGCUGACAAUGAAAUUUAACAAGGUGCAGCCGAGAGGAGGGGACGAUGAAAAUAAACAAGUCCCCAAUCCCCGCAGCUCGCCUCUGCAGCCCAGGACUCAGGGAGAAAACAAAAGUGAAAGGACGUCUCUCAAAGCCACGCUGACUUCCAUCCCAUCUGAAGAGGCCCAUCUCAGAGCCCCAGAUCACAUCUCUGGGGAGAACUUGCUCAGAGAUCAGACCACAAACCCUCGACCACCAAACGCAGCAGAAUCGCCCCGAAGGAUGGCAGAGCAGAAGGGCACGGGGGCUGAGCAGGAAGGCCUGGUCAGUCCAAAAAGCAAACCACCUGGAGCCCCUCCUGUAAGUGAGUGCACGGCAGCCCAGCUGCGAGGCCUGGUGAGAAGGCUGCGGCUCCGGACCGCCCUCUGCGGGAGGCGGCUGGCAGAGGGAGGCCUGUCCUCCGAGGCCAGUCCCCCGACGGCCCAGCCCACAGCUGUGCGGUGCGCGCAGGACCCUCGUGGCCCCACGCCACAGGAGCGAGUCCGGCUCCCCAGCAGCAUCGACUCCUGCACAGCCAGCGCCUGCGCAGAGUGGGUGGCUGCGCGGGGAAGUGCCCCGCAGAGGAGGAGGCGUGGUCACCGGGCCUGCAGCCAAGGGGACACUGAGGCUGGGGGCGGGGGCCGGGGGGACUUGCUCAGGCCUCAAACCCAGGAGGGAUCCGGCAGGACCCGCCCUGCGCGCAGCACUGGGCCGGGGAGCGCCUCCGCGUGGAGUGGGACGCGAGGGUACAAAGGUGACGCUGGUCUGAAAGGUCAAAACCGUCCGCAGGGCUUUACCCAAAUGAUGCAAAACACCCAGCCCCGUGCAAAGGGGAUGGAUCCCCAUGAGCUAGCGAGGCACUACAGGAGUUCUACGAAAUUUCAGCUGGAUGUGGCGUCAGUGAUCCCAUUGGAUGUGUUUGGCCUCUUCUUUGGCUUUAAUCCAAUAUUUAGGAUAAACAGGAUAUUGAAGUACAGGUCAUUCUUUGAGUUUAAUCACUGCCUGGAAUCGAUUAUGAACAGAGCGUAUAUCUACAGGGUCGCUCGGACGGCGGGCUGCUUGCUGUUUGCUCUGCAUGUGAAUGCUUGCAUCUACUACUGGGCUUCCGACCACCAAGGCAUCGGAACCACCAGAUGGGUGUACAAUGGUGAAGGAAACAUGUAUCUGAGAUGUUAUUACUGGGCAGUCCGAAGUUUGAUUACCAUUGGGGGUCUUCCAGAACCACAAACUUUAUUCGAAAUUGUGUUUCAGCUGCUGAACUUUUUCCUGGGCGUUUUCGUGGUCUCCAGCUUGAUUGGUCAGAUGCGCGAUGUCAUCGGAGCCGCCACGGCUGCGCAGAGCAACUUCCGGGCCAGCCUGGAUCGCACCGUCACCUACAUGCACUCCUACGCCAUCCCCAGGCGAGUGCGGGCCCGCGUCCAGGCCUGGUAUGAGUACACGUGGGACGCGCAGAGGAUGCUGGACGAGUCGGACCUGCUCGAGGCCCUGCCCGCCGCCAUGCAGUCAGCCCUCGCCGUGGACAUGAACUUCAGCAUCCUCAGCAACAUCGACCUGUUCAAGGGCUGUGACACCCAGAUGCUUCAUGACCUGCUGCUCAGGUUGAGGUCCACCGUCUGCUUACCUGGUGACUUUGUCUGCAGAAAGGGAGAAAUCGGCAAGGAAAUGUACAUCGUGAAGCAGGGGGAAGUCCGGGUUCUUGGAGGCGCUGAUGGAGCUCAAGUUCUGGUCACUCUGAAAGCUGGGACAGUGUUUGGAGAAAUCAGCCUCCUGGCAGCGACAGGAAGCCGCCGGACCGCCAGCGUGGUAGCCCACGGCUUCGUGCACCUUCUCGCCCUGGACAGGAAUGCCCUCCGGGAAACCCUGGUGCAUUACCCGGACUCAGAAAAGCUCCUCAUGGAGAAAGCCAGGGCGCUGCUCGGCAGCGACCUCUCCCACGCAAGGACUUGCCUUCCUCUUCCCACCAAGACCAGAGACACCCGAGCCCUGUGGACUCUCGGAGAGCGAACCACGCAGGAAAACAGCGAGUCCUCCGCAGGAGGAGAGGGCAGAGGACGAGGGUGUGAAGAUGCAGGGAGAGCUGCGGAGGGACCACUGGGCAGGUCUGGAUGCAGAGCAGGCGCUGUCCCCGCAGAGGACAGGCUCCCGUUGGCCAGAGGGCAGCGUCACCCAGCUGAGCCUCCCGCCUCUCCCACACCAUCCCCGCAGCUCCUGCCAGGGCAAGGAGGAGGUGCUGACCAUGGCAGUCGGGGAAAGGGCUCUGAAUGAGCGUCGGAGAACCUUAGAUGCACCCUCGCUGGUUCCCAAAGACACUGUCCCCAGGAUUGUGGCUUCCACUCACGAGGAGGAAGACCUCACCAGGCCCUGAGAAGCCACAGGCCAAUCAGAUCUUCAUUUCUCUAUUAUUAUUAUUAUUUAUUACUAUUAUUAUUAUUAAUUUGGGGGGCUUUGUUGCUAGGACUCCCCGAGCGUGUGACUUUACACAGUGGCCACAAGAUUAGUUCUCUGCUGUCAGGAGCUGCGUGCAGCUGGUGUUUCUCCUAAUUGUAUGUGGCAGGUUUUUCUCCUCCCACUUUUCUUGCUGUUUCUUCUCUUCAUUUGAUUGGCUUGGUCUUGGCUCUGACUCACCAACCUUUUCCCUUAAAAACAUGUUUUGUGUUAAGGCCUUGUGUGGCGCUGCUCACCUCUCUUACACAUCAUGCAACAGCACAUUGCAGGGAGUCCUGUUUGUAGGGGCUGUGAUGCUUUCACUCAAAGGAGGUGAAGGGUCACCAGAUGUCAGCUCCACCAGCAGCUGGGCCUGAGGGGAAGCAGUGGGGGAGUGGGGAUAUGAGCUGCCCUGAGAGCAGGGGGUCAGCAGGACUCACAGCCCCGAGAACAUCACCGAAGCAACAUGCUAAGUGCCCAUGCCCUUUGCUGAAGAAGCAGAUGAUAGUGUUUUCCCUCAAACCUUCUGAUCGACUUGACCUGGCUCCACAGACUCACAAGAGGAGCAAUCAGAUCACCCCAACUUCACAGAGGCGGAAUUACACCUCUCAGGACGUGCCUCAAGCAUCUGCUUCAGAAGGUGCCGGAUGUGAGCUUGUCUUUGCAGCGUUAGUGAGAAGUGACGAGGGUAGGAAGGCAGACGGCACACAUGUCUGACGGACACAGCCUACAGUUCAUGGAACCUACAUGCACAGCUGUUUACAAAGUCUCCCAGCGAAUCCAGUGCACUAUAGGAAGCUGUCCCCAUGAAUCGGCUCACAUUGGCAUCACGACCAGCCUCGUGCUGUGAGGAGGCUAGAGCACGGGCUGAUGUCGGAGUUAGAAACACAUACAGACUUCCAUUCUAAUGAAUGCCAUAGUGCAGUGAUGGCAAACCUAUGACACGCGUAUCAGAGGUGACACGCGAACUCAUUUUUUUGGUU